CCUCCUCCUCCUUCUGUCCAGACAAACUUCCCAGCCCGGGAUGAUCGGAGCUCCGAGGAGCGGGGGGUGCGCUGUGUGAUGGGAGCGGGGGGCCGGGAGUGACGGCUGAUCGCUGUGUGUGGAGAAGGAUUACCGAUCUCUCAUCGUCCCGAUUAUUACUGGAUGUGCCGGGCUGAGCGCUGCUGGGGAGCCGAGAGAGCCGGAGACCCAUGCAGCUGGCGACAUCCGUGACUGUGCGCUGGGUAUGGACGACUCUCCUGACCCCUGGAGGACUACAGUAGUUUGCUCCGUGAGAUUCAAGGCAAAGUAAGAGGGUGCCGGUGAGGGGCCCACCAGGCCGAAGCCAUGCCAUUCAAGAUCAAGCUGCGGAGGACCAAGCGCUACAACGUCCUGAGCAAGAACUGCUUUCUGAGCCGGAUAAGACUCCUGAAUUCCUCUGAGAUCCAAUGCACGCUGUCCAUGGACAGUACAGGACUGGAGUGCCUGGAGGCCGUAGCGCAAAGACUGGAGUUAUGUGAGACCCAUUACUUUGGCCUCUGGUUUGUCGGGAAGAACCAGCAUCCGCGAUGGGUGGAGCUGGAGAAACCGUUGAGGAAACAGCUAGACAAGUUCUCGGUGGAUCCCAUGCUGUACUUUGGCGUUAUGUUCUAUGUGCCGAGCGUUUCUUGUCUAAACCAGGGUGUCACCAGGUACCAGUAUUACCUCCAGUUAAAAAAGAAUGUCUAUGAUGGACAUGUGCACUGUACUGUGGAGCAGUACGUUCGACUAGCUUCCCUGGCCCUUCAAGUGGAGCUUAAAGAUCCCAAUGUGUAUGAGACACAGGACUUCCUCAGAGACGGCAUGCUGUUUCCCGUGGACUGGACUCAGGAUUCCGCCUCACUAGAAGAACUGCUGCUGAAAGUGGCUCUGGAGCACAAAGCUGUAAGUGGGAUGAGACCGGAGGAAGCCAACGUUUUGUACAUACAGGAAGUGCAGCAGUUGGAUGGCUACGGACAGGAGUGUUUCUCUGUCAAGGACAGUCACAGCAAUGAUGUCACCCUCUAUAUCUUUUUCAUGGGUAUUUUUGUUGGCGACAGUCAUGGGAGAUCCUCAGCCUCUUACAGGUGGAAUGACAUUGGGAAUAUCACACACAACAAGUCUGCAAUUGUCCUGGAGCUGAACAGAAAGGAAGAGAGUGUCCUUUUUCACACGGACGACAUUGAAAACAGCAAAUACAUAUCACGGCUGUUUGCCACUCGGAUGAAAUUCUACAAAGAGAACAAAAUUUGCACAGAGCAGCCCAUCACGCCACCUACCGUCAGGCGUCAGCCAACAUGGAGCCGGUCUUCCACGUCAAGACCACAAGCAACUAUAUUACCUCCAAGACACCUUCAGGGGAAUGAAACAUUCAUUUCUGAUGACAGCAUAUUCCACAUGAACGAGGAAACCUAUAAUGUCAGGUCUCAGAACAGUCUGGAUAGAUACAUGGAACUCAAUUUUAUGAAUGGUACUGUGCCAAACGGUAGUGUUUCCAGUGCCCAUAGCAUGAACUCUCUGAACCAUUCACAGACCUUCAUCCAGGCCUCCCCUAUGUCUUCUAACCUUAGCAUCACCGGAAAUGACAUCAUGAGGUCUGACUACAUCCCUAAGUGCAGACACAGUGCCAUUAUCUUGCCUUCUUAUCGGCAAACGCCGGACUAUGAAACUGUAAUGAGGCAAAUGAACCGGGGUGUUCAUCCACCCGAUAGCCAGAGUCAGUCCCUACGAAACCUUAAUAUUGGAAAUACGCAUGCUUAUAGGCACCGGGAGAAUUUGGUUUAUAGCCAGCCUGAGAUUCAUGAAAGACCUCAUUACAUGGCCUCUUAUGGACAUCAGUCUCAUUUUGGAAACAAGCCCAUAAACCCACCUGAACAAAUGCCAGUGAACCAAACUGCUUCAAAUCCUGCUAAAUCCAAAUCGAUUUCUCAUACCGUCAGCACUCCUGAACUUGCCAAUGUACCGCCUCAAACUUUCAGUGCAGCCCACUUGUUUAGAAACUUUUUGUCUCGACCUCCUCCUCCCUACCCACCACCUAGACCAGCUAGCAGUACUCCUGACUUGGCAAGUCACCGCCACAAGCGCGUUAGUGCCAGUAGCCCAGACCUGGUGGCCAGAAAAGUCCAGCAGUCUGUUAAAACUUUCCAAGAAGACAGUUCUCCAGUGGUCCGCCAAUCUCUUCAAGAAGUCAGCGAGCCCUUAAAACCUCAUAAACACCAUCCGGUCAUAAACAAACGUCACAGUUUUGAAGUUAUGAGCCACAUGGUGAGAGGGAUGGAAGCGAUGGCUUUAAAGUCAUUGAAUGCGCCAUUGCCACGUAGGAAUACCUUAAGAGAGUUGCACACAGAGGAACCCGUGCAAAAGGCUCAGGAAGUACAGCAGAUGCCAGUGUACCACCACAAAAAGAACAUCUCGGAUGCCACCAUGUUGAUCCACAGCAGCGACAGUGAAGAGGAAGAUGAUCUACACAAAUCUGUGCCUCACACUUCCUUCAUUUCAUACAGUGCCCAGCUCCAGGCUGCCCUGGCUCGAAUACCAAAUAAGCCACCGCCUGAAUAUCCAGGUCCAAGAAAAAGUGUCAGCAAUGGAGCACUGAGGAAUGAUCACUCUACUAUAUCAGCUGCCAUAGCACGGGCCAGGGCCAUGAGCCCCCGGCAAUCACAGACUGUGUGUAUGUCCAGAAAUGAGCCGGGGCCAAUCAAUGGGACCUCUCUGGGGCCAUCACUUUCAGAGCCUGAUCUCAGCAGUGUAAAGGAGAGGGUCAAGAAAGAGCCGGUGAAAGAGCGGCCAGUCUCGGAGAUGUUUUCUGCAGAGGAUGCCAUAGUUGAAAGGGAGAUCAUGAUGAGGAAUUUACAAAAGCAGGAGAUGGCAGCCUUGGAAACUCAGAAGAGACCCUUGAUGUUGGCAGCGCUGAAUGGACUGUCUGUUUCCAGAAUUCCUUUGCCCGAGGACAGGCAGAAUGACACUGUGAUGGUGCCAGUCGAUGAGAGGUGUAAGGCCUUGAGGAGGAAGCUGGAGGAGGGGAUGGUGUUUACAGAAUAUGAACAGAUUCCAAAGAGAAAGGCGGAUGGCGUUUUCACCACAGCUGCAUUACCUGAAAAUGUAGAACGCAACAGAGUACGUGAAGUUCUUCCUUAUGAGGAAAACCGUGUAGAGCUCGUUCCCACCAAAGAAAACCACACCGGCUACAUCAACGCAUCACAUAUAAAGGCUGUGGUAGGUGAUAGAGAAUGGCACUACAUCGCCACCCAGGGUCCUCUACCUCAAACCUUCCAUGAUUUCUGGCAGAUGGUGUGGGAGCAGGGAGUGAAUGUCAUCGCCAUGGUGACUGCUGAAGAUGAGGAAGGACGAGCCAAGAAUCACCGUUACUGGCCUAAGUUGGGAUCCAGGCAUAACUCGGCUACGUAUGGAAAAUUCAAAGUGACCACCAACUUUCGCACAGAUUCCGGCUGCUAUGCGACGACUGGGCUGAAGAUCAAACACCUUAUGUCUGGGCAAGAGAGAACCGUGUGGCAUUUGCAGUUUACUGACUGGCCAGAUCACGGCUGUCCUGAAGAGGUCCAAGGAUUUUUAUCGUAUCUGGAAGAGAUCCAGUCAGUCCGUCGCCACGCUAACAGCAUGCUGGACAGUAGCAGCCACUGCAAUCCUCCAGUAUUGGUUCAUUGUAGCGCUGGUGUUGGAAGAACUGGAGUGGUCAUCCUGACCGAGCUGAUGAUGCGCUGCUUGGAAAACAAUGAGAAAAUUGAAAUCCCAGUGAUGCUCAAUUAUCUCCGGGAACAAAGAAUGUUCAUGAUCCAGACCAUCGCACAGUACAACUUUGUCUAUCAAGUUCUCAUCCAGUUCCUUGAAAGCUCAAGACUCAUUUAAAUUUUAACCCCAUUUUUUUUUUUUUUUUGUAUCCUUAAAACAUCUUGGAGAAGUCCCAGGUGGAAACAUCCUUCCAAGAGUUUAAGACCUCUCAUGUAGAAGGCAACUUUUAUCUUAUUUUUUUUUAAUAAGUUAUUUUUCUGUAUUUAUGUAAAAAGGUGAACCGUACACUGAACCACACUUUAUGCUGUAAAAUGCUGCCUUGUUUUUUUUUUUUGAAUGUUUAACUCAAAAUUCUCACUUUUAUAUUUUAAAGCAAUAAAAUA